AUGGGAAAGCCGCAAUACAUCCAAAAGUUCCGUCAAGUAUGGAAGAAAGAUAAAUUAUUUAUGGACUGGUUACAAGAGGUGAAGGAUGAUCCAACAAAGGCUUAUUGUAAGGUAUGUUGUUGUACUAUCCGUGCAAGAAAGGCUGACUUAGUAACUCACAGCGAUUGUAAUAAACAUAAAUCUGCACUAGGUGCAACAUGCAUAAAACGUACUGGAUCAUUUCAAUUUAAACCCAAUAAUUUUAAAAUGCAACAUGCACAAGCUAGUAUGGCGUUAUUUGUAAGUGCACACAGUGCAAUUAUUGCAAUUGACCAUUUAAGUGAAUUGUGCAAUACUAACUUUACUGGAGAUAAUAUUAAAAUGCAUAGAACAAAAUGUUCUAGUAUUAUCAUUAACAUUUUAGCCCCAUUUUUUAUAAACAACUUGAGGGAAGAUAUAGGAACGUCUAAAUACAGUUUGCUUAUCGAUGAAUCCACUGAUAUAUCAGUUUUAAAAUUUCUUGGUAUGGCAAUAAUUUAUUACAGUAGAGACAAAAAUGAUAUUGUUACAACUUUCUUUGCAUUAGAACAACUGGGAGAGUGUAAUGCUCAAGCUAUAGUUGAUGCAAUGAAAUCUGCAUUACAAAAGUACAACCUUGACAUAAAAAAUUUAAUUGGUAUCGGAUCAGAUAAUGCAAGUGUAAUGGUUGGAAUAAAUAAAGGUGUCUAUGCUAUCUUAAAACAAGAGAAUCCCAAUCUAAUUUUAAUUAGAUGUGUGUGCCAUUCACUUCAGUUAGCCACAUCACAAGCUUGUGCUGAAACAGUUCCAAGACAUUUAGAUUUUCUAAUUUCCGAAUCUUAUAAUUGGUUUUCAAAAUCCACACUACGCCAACAAUCAUACAAGGAUCUUUAUAAAUGUAUGAAUGAAAAUCAUGAACCACUAAAAAUUGUUCAAGCAUGCAAUACGCGAUGGUUGUCCAUAGAAACUGCCGUUGUCAGAAUAAUUGAUCAAUGGAACGAACUAAAAUUACAUUUUGAAAUAAGUAGAUCGAAAGAGAAGUGCUAUUCUGCAGAAAUGCUAUAUACUCUUUAUAGAGAUGAACAUAACUUAGCAUAUUUGCUAUUUUUAAGACCUCUUUUAGGAGAAAUUCAAAGAGUUAAUAAACUUUUUGAAUCCGAGUAUGCAGACCCAACAAAAUUAGGAUCAGAGUUAAUUUCACUAAUCACUUUUUUGGGAAAAAUUAUCGUUGUCCCAUCAUUUAAUUUUACUAAAUCUACUAAUUUUACUGAUCAUUUAAAUCCAAAGCCUUAUCUUGGGUAUGGAUUUGAAAAUAAAGUUGAAGAUUUAAAAAAAAAAGGUAAACUCUCUUCUGAUCAAGAACAAGUUCUUAGAAGUAGGUGUAUAUCAUUUAUUAUUUAUAUUGUUAAGCAACUACAACAACGUUUACCAGAAAAUAUACAAAUAUUAAAAAAAAUUGAAGUAUUUUCCCCUCGGAAUGCACUUAAACAAUUAAAGGAGCCCAUAUCAUUGAUAUGUGAACAUUUUGGCAUUGAAAAUAAAAUAAUAGAAAAAAUAGACUUACAAUGGAGAAAUAUUGUUUUUCAAAAAUGGGAAAAAACCAAAUCUGCAGUUGAAUUUUGGUCUGAGGUUAACAACUUUACUGAUGCUGGUGGUAAUAAUCCAUUUGAAGAUCUUGCUGCUUUGGUUUUGACAAUACUUUCAUUACCCUGGUCUAAUGCUGCCUGUGAGCGAAUUUUCAGCCAAAUGAACAUUGUCAAGAGCAAGUCAAGGAAUAGAAUGAAAUCGCCAAUGUUAAUAUCACUUUUACAUAUUCGUUCAGGUUUAAAAAGAAACAAAAAAUGCUGCCAUAAUUUUAAAUUUCCAGAUAGUAUUGUUAAAUCCAUUGGGACAAUGAAUGUUUAUAAUUGUAAUGUAGAAAACGAAAUAUCUGAAAUUACUGAAAUACUUGAUGAUCUACCAGCAUUUAUGUAG